GAUUUGACUAUGCGAUCACAGGAAGAUCAAAACAUCGCUCAAAGGGGAAUUCACACCUGUAAGAAAUGAAAUGGCUGAUUGAACGGGCGCGUCUUUCCAAAGGACGAUGUGGUGGCUGCAUGCUGGCGGUGAACGUUAACUUCACGGAGGCAACAUGAUACACCAUCACUGGGAGAACUGUCCCCAGCAUCAAGACUUCACCAUGCGCACCAUCCAGACUAUAGAAAACCACAUCCCUGUGCUGAGGGAGAGCAUUGUCAGGACUCCUUUCACAGGGAGAACUGUGUGCCUGUUCAAUACGAGUACAAACAGACACUAUCCCCAUCAGACUCCCCGUCACAGCCACAAUCCCCGUCACAGCCCCUAUAAUGGCCACAAUCCCCGUCAGACUCCCUGUCACAGCCCCUAUAAUGGCCACACUCCCGGCCGCACUCCCCUUCACAGCCCCUGCCGCAGCCAGAGUCCCUGCCGCAGCCAGACUCCCUGCCGCAGCCCCUAUAACAGACACACUCUCCGCUAUAGUCCUUAUAACACCCGUUCUCCCCGCCAGACUCUCUGUCACAGCGACCACCUCUCCCGAGAGCCCAGCCAGUACCCAACUCCCCAGCCAUGGUUUUCUCUACCCCUGGCGAGGAGGCAGCCUGCGGAGACCUCUUCUACUGUUGUUUCUGAACAAUGUUUCUCUUCCUCCUGCCCUGCUAGGCUCAGCACAUUAUGCAGAGCAGCAGAUGGAGAGGAGGAGAGUGAGACGCGAGAGCAGGUGCACGCGCAUGGAAAGAGGCUGCAGGGAGGAGGGGGAGAAGGGAAGCAGCGAGAAAUCGAGCAGGGAGGGGAGGGAGAAGAGAAGGGAGAUAUCGCACUGGCGCAGGGAGGAGGAGAGCGAGAGCAGGCGUACGUAGUCUUCGCAUCAUCAUCAUCAGCAGUGCUCCUCUCAUCAUCGUCACGGGAAAGCAGCAUCACAGCCUCGCAGCAGCUACGCAGACGUAGACAGAGGAGCAGCAGAGAAAAUGGCAGCUGUUUUCGAAGACAUGGCCUGAGUCUCGGCGCCAGACUGAAGUGGAGGCUGAGAUUCAGCAUCAUGGGGAACCAGGAGGGGAAGCAGAAGAAGGGCAAAGAGGGGGACGGAUACGGACAGGACGCAGCAGAACAUACCACCGGGGAGCCCCGUCACGCUGACGGCACAAACAAAGGAUUUCACCACGGCAAGAAAUCCCACGGAAAACAUGGCAAAGGAGGAGGAGGAGGAGAAGAGAAGAAGAAUAAGAAGGAGUCUAAAUCCUCUGUGUUCUCUAUCAGGAAGAGGAAGAAUCUAAAGGGGAAGGGAUCGACAGGGGGAUCCAGGGAGGAUGUGUUGUCGUCUCAGAACGAGCUGGACUCCGCUCACUCUGCUCACACCAAAACACCAGAUCUCUCUCUGUCAGCUGACGAGCUGGGCCAAUCUGACACCGAGGGACCAGCAGAGUCUGGUGAUGGGCAUGGUGCUAGGAGUCAUGGUUGUAUCACGGGGGAGAGCCGGCAGCCCACGGGGGAGAGCCGGCAGCCCACGGUGGCGACCGCGGACACUGUUCCAGACCAGCAGGGGGAGGUUGAACAGAGAAAGAGGAGCAGCUCUGGUUCAGACCCGGACAUCUAUAGCUUUCACUCAGCUGCAGAACAAGAGGACCUGCUAGCUGACAUCCAGCAGGCUAUUAGACUACAGCAGGGGGUGAUUAUCUCCACCGCUGAGCUGAGUGAAGAGCUGGGUUGGGGAGGAAGGUGGAGGAAACAGAGGUCUGACGAGGUUAUAACUACCCCCAGUCCCACUGAACAAACCCCUCCACCGGAGCCUCUCUCUGCCCCAGAGGCAGCACCCGUCACUGGCCGGGAGAAUCGCCUGCUUUCUAAACUGUCUCUGGAUGGGGAGGAGGAGGAGGAGGAGGAGGAGGGGAACUACCACCGCUACAGAAGAACUCAACUGGGAGCUGAGAGGGCCGAGAGCCUUAGCCACAGUGAUGCGACCACGAGCCACGAGGACAUAGACCUGAGCUCUGGCAAUGCCUCCGAGGAAGAGGGGAGGGUGGGAGACUGGGUGGGGGCAGGGGUGGGGGCAGCAGUCAGCGUUGAGUCCCUGGAGUGUCUCAGCAGGGGGGAUCUGAGGUGCUCUGAGCCUGCCGACGACCCUCUGAUCACCCAGAGAAGGAAGAGCAGCGUGUCCUUCUCCCCUUGGCCCUCUCAGGAGAGCCCUAGCCUGGCCAUGCGUCUCCUCAAGUCCACCCUGACCUCCACCCUUCCAUCCUACAACCACUCUUCCUCAGGCACCAACCCCACAGUCAAACCCUACCCUCCCAUUUACCCGUCUUACAUCAAGACCACCACCAGGCAACUCUCUGGCUCCCCAGGCACCUCGCCCUCACGGAGCCCCUUGUUCCGCCAGCGCUGCCACGACCUGGGACACCGCACUGAGAAGUGGAGGGUUAGACGACAGCGCUCCCACAGCAUCGCCGGUCCCCUCAGCUGGUCCGCGGACUGGACCGAGGAGCUGGACAGGGAGCGCCCCAUCAAGGCAGGAUCAGCAGACUACCUGGAGGGGUACGGAGGGUCGGAGGACAGGCUGAGGGGGGGCAGUCAGCCCCUGUGUGCCACACGGAGAUCCUCGGCCGGACACGUGUCUACCUGUAGCUUCCACGACAUCUUCACCGGUCGUACUCUCCUAGAGAAGUUGUUCCUACAACAGGAAGAUGCCCAGCCAGAGGAAGCUGAGAAGCUGUGUUCUCGGAUUCUGGCCAUGGGUCUGCUACUACCCUUCACUGACUGCUUCAGAGACACAAUAGGAGGGUCCAACCCACAACUCGCUGCGCCAUGCAAGUUCCACGUGAGUGUCAUAUCCUACACCAGGACCCUCAACCCUGUUCCACAGCUAGUCCGAGAGCUACUAACCAUCAAUGGCCAGGGAAGAGGGGAGGAGAGGGAGAGGAGGCUGGACCUAGCAUGGCUCAAACUCAAACAGACCGUCCGCAGGAAAUGCAACCUAUUUGAGCACCUGCAGCAAGACCAGCUGUACACGUGGGCAGCGGUCAGCCAGCCCCCCCACUCCAGGGAACACUUUGAGGGCCGGGCCCCCCUCCCUGGGCACCUGAAGACCCUGUGGCCCCCACCCAGACCUGUGGGAGACGAUAGACCAGGCCUCAUGUACACCGAGGAGGAACACCAGGCAGCCAUCUUGGGGCUGAAGAGACAUCAGAGGGAAGAAGUCAGCCAACUUCAGGAGGAGUCGGUGCUGAAAACAGUGAAGCUGAAAGAGGAGCACGUCAAUGUGAUCCAGCAGUUAGAACAGACCAUUGAAGACCUGCGGACUAAGAUAGCUGAGCUGGAGGAACAGCACCCCCUGCUGGACAAAGAUAUUAUUAGCAUUAAGGAGCCGGAGGCUGGUGUGGAGGGGGAUCUGUACCGGGAGGUCUGUCAUGUAGACCUACAGACUGAGGAGAGGAUGGUGAAGGAGGUCUGUCAUGUAGAUCUACAGACUGAGGAGAGGAUGGUGAAGGAGGUCUGUCAUGUAGAUCUACAGACUGAGGAGAGGAUGGUGAAGGAGGUCUGUCAUGUAGAUCUACAGACUGAGGAGAGGAUGGUGAAGGAGGUCUGUCAUGUAGACCAACAGACUGACUGUCUCCUGAGUUGUCUGGAGGCCAAGUCUGUCCAGACGUCGCCUAUGGAGGAAAGCUAUAAGUUUAAAGUGCCUUUACCGGACCAGAUGCCACCCUUGUUUGUGAAAGAGGCUGGAGGAGAGUCCUCUUUGUCUUCCUCCUGUCCCCUGAAACUCCCCCCAGAACUGGCCCUGUCUCUACCCAUACCCUUCUCCCCCAAGGUCGCACCAGCAUUUGUCUGCAUGGCCCAGGAGAAACCUCCCCGGAAAGGAGUGGUGGAGCCCCCCAGACCCAUGAAACCUCUCUACUGGACCAGGAUACAGCUCAACUCAGCUCAACACAAAAAGGUGAGCACGUCGCUGGUCUGGGACAAGAUACAGGAGCCUGAUGUGAACUUUGAGGAGUUCGUAGAGCUGUUCUCCAAGACUGCUGUGAAGGAGAAGAAGAAACCCCUGUCAGAUACCAUCACCAAGUCUAAAGCCAAACAGGUGGUCAAAUUGCUGAACAACAUUCGUUCUCAGGCAGUGGGGAUUCUGAUGUCCAGUCUGCAUCUGAACAUGAAGGACAUCCAGCAUGCCAUCCUGAACCUGGACAAUACUGUGGUGGAUCUGGAGACUCUACAAGCCCUCUAUGAAAACAGAGCACAACAGGAUGAGAUGGAGAAAAUCGAUAAGCACAUCAAGUCAUCUAAAGACAAGGACAACGCCAAACCACUGGACAAACCUGAGCAGUUCCUGUUCCAGUUACAUCAGAUCCCCAACUUCUCAGGCCGGGUGUUCUGUAUCCUGUUUCAGUCCACCUUCUCUGAAUGGCUCUCCUCUAUCCUGCGCAAACUGGACAUCCUGCAGAGAGUGUGCACGACCUUGCAGAGUGGCCAGUGUGUGAUGCAGGUGCUGGGUCUGGUCCUGGCCUUUGGUAACUUCAUGAAUGGUGGCAACCGAACCAGAGGACAGGCUGACGGCUUUAACCUGGAUAUCCUGCCCAAGCUGAAGGAUGUGAAGAGCAGUGAUAACACACGGAGCCUGUUGUCCUACAUAGUGGCUUACUAUCUGAGGCACUUUGACGAGGACGCCGGCAGGGAGACUUGCCUCUACCCUCUCCCUGAGCCCCAGGAUCUGUUCCAGGCUUCACAGAUGAAGUUUGAGGACUUUCAGAAGGAUCUGACCAGGCUGAAGAAGGACCUUCGAGCGUGCAACACAGAGGUGGAGAAGGUGUGUAAAGUGUCGUCUGAAGAUCACCUACAGCCCUUCAAGGACAAGAUGGAGGAAUUCCUCAGCCAAGCUAAAUCUGACCUGGAGGUCCAGGAGACGCAGCUCGGUGACACUCACAAGUUGUUCCUGGAGUUGACGGUGUUCUACCAGGUGAAGGCUAAGAUGGGAGAGAAGGAGGUUUCCCCCCACACCUUCUUCUCCGUGUGGCACGACUUCUCCUCCGACUUUAAAGACCUGUGGAAGAAGGAGAACAAGAUGAUCCUACAGGAAAGACUGAAGAAGGCAGAGGAGUGCUUCAGACAAGCCAAGGAGAAGGCUACCUACAGUGUCAAACCCAAGCAUGCUUCGGGAAUCAAAGCCAAGCUGGGCAUGAAGAUUUAAGACCGGUGGACGCCUACGUUUACUGUAGAGAGAGACGAGGAACAACCACAUUGGACUGCAUGUACUACUACAGAUGAAUCACUUAGGCUUUAGAACGAGAACCAAAACGACACACUAGUCCCUAUGUAGGGCACUACUUUAGACCGGGGUCCCAUAGGGCUCUAGUCUAAAGUAGUGCACUACAUAGGGAAUAGGGUCCCAUAGGGCUCUAGUCUAAAGUAGGGCACUACAUAGGGAUUAGGGUGCUGUUUGGGACAUAAGAUACUACUUCUUUUUUUUUUUGACUCCAAGCAGCUGUCAGUCUGUCCGUCUCCCGGUCCUCCUGCCUGCUCUAUGGGACCGACUAUGCAGGCUUCUGUUAUUAGUUCAUCAGACACACAAACACCAACAUCCAAUCAGAAAGAAGAGGGAAGCACCAUGGGAUCAGAGGUCACAGGAUGUCAUUAUACCAGAACUAUAUUUAUAGGAUGACUUCCACAGGGACAUACUAAAGCAUACCUACUGUUGAGGUACCUGGAGCCAUCUUCUCCACAGUCCUACCCCCUACUGUUGAGGUACCUGGAGCCAUCUUCUCCACAGUCCUACCCCCUACUGUUGAGGUACCUGGAGCCAUCUUCUCCACAGUCCUACCCCCUACUGUUGAGGUACCUGGAGCCAUCUUCUCCACAGUCCUACCCCCUACUGUUGAGAUACCUAGAGCCAUCUUCUCCACAGUCCUACCCCCUACUGUUGAGAUACCUGGAGCCAUCUUCUCCACAGUCCUACCCCCUACUGUAGAGGUACCUGGAGCCAUCUUCUCCACAGUCCUACCCCCUACUGUAGAGGUACCUGGAGCCAUCUUCUCCACAGUCCUACCCCCUACUGUAGAGGUACCUGGAGCCAUCUUCUCCACAGUCCUACCCCCUACUGUAGAGGUACCUGGAGCCAUCUUCUCCACAGUCCUACCCCCUACUGUAGAGGUACCUGGAGCCAUCUUCUCCACAGUCCUACCCCCUACUGUAGAGGUACCUGGAGCCAUCUUCUCCACAGUCCUACCCCCUACUGUAGAGGUACCUGGAGCCAUCUUCUCCACAGUCCUACUCCCUACUGUUGAGGUACCUGGAGCCAUCUUCUCCACAGUCCUACUCCCUACUGUUGAGGUACCUGGAGCCAUCUUCUCCACAGUCCUACCCCCUACUGUAGAGGUACCUGGAGCCAUCUUCUCCACAGUCCUACCCCCUACUGUAGAGGUACCUGGAGCCAUCUUCUCCACAGUCCUACUCCCUACUGUAGAGGUACCUGGAGCCAUCUUCUCCACAGUCCUACCCCCUACUGUAGAGGUACCUGGAGCCAUCUUCUCCACAGUCCUACCCCCUACUGUAGAGGUACCUGGAGCCAUCUUCUCCACAGUCCUACCCCCUACUGUAGAGGUACCUGGAGCCAUCUUCUCCACAGUCCUACCCCCUACUGUAGAGGUACCUGGAGCCAUCUUCUCCACAGUCCUACCCCCUACUGUAGAGGUACCUGGAGCCAUCUUCUCCACAGUCAUACCCCCGACUGUAGAGGUCCCUGGAGCCAUCUUCUCCAGUCAUACCCCCUACAGUACUGAUCUGAAAUGCCAAACAUGUUACCUAUUCAAGCUUAUUCCCUAUAUAGUACACUACUGUUGACCAGAGUCCUAUUCCCUAUAUAGUACACUACUGUUGACCAGAGUCCUAUUCCCUAUAUAGAACACUACUGUUGACCAGAGUCCUAUUCCCUAUAUAGAACACUACUGUUGACCAGAGCCCUAUUCCCUAUAUAGUACACUACUGUUGACCAGAGUCCUAUUCCCUAUAUAGAACACUACUGUUGACCAGAGCCCUAUUCCCUAUAUAGUACACUACUGUUGACCAGAGUCCUAUUCCCUAUAUAGAACACUACUGUUGACCAGAGCCCUAUUCCCUAUAUAGAACACUACUGUUGACCAGAGCCCUAUUCCCUAUAUAGAACACUACUGUUGACCAGAGCCCUAUUCCCUAUAUAGUACACUACUGUUGAAGAGGGCCGAUGCACCCUAUUCCCUAUAUAGUACACUACUGUUGAACAGGGCCGAUGCACCCUAUUCCCUAUAUAGUACACUACUGUUGAACAGGGCACAUGCACCCUAUUCCCUAUAUAGUACACUACUGUUGAACAGGGCACAUGCACCCUAUUCCCUAUAUAGUACACUACUGUUGAACAGGGCACAUGCACCCUAUUCCCUAUAUAGUACACUACUGUUGAACAGGGCACAUGCACCCUAUUCCCUAUAUAGUACACUACUGUUGACCAGGACCUCUGCACUAUAUAGUACACUACUGUUGAACAGGGCCGAUGCACCCUAUUCCCUAUAUAGUACACUACUGUUGAACAGGGCACAUGCACCCUAUUCCCUAUAUAGUACACUACUGUUGACCAGGACCUCUGCACUAUAUAGUGUUCCAUUUGGGAUGCAGCCUCUGGCAGGUCACUGUCAACAUGUUGAUGUUCGGUGUUGUUGGUUUUAGGCCGUUGAUCCCUUAGAGAGUAAUUCACCCUUCUUAAUCCCAAAUGGAUGGCAGCAACCAGUCGCCUGAAUGUUCUCAACAUGCAUUUGAAAUGAAACGUGGUAUUAGGGGGGUUAAAAACCGAAAGAGCGUUACCCAUGUUCUUUAGUCCAAGUCAAUAAUGGAUCAGCUUAGCUGGGUGUUCUUACAGCAACAUAAUAACCUUGGUCUGUGUCCCAAACUGCUCCCUAUUCCCUAUUUAGUACCUUACUUUGGAUUAGGGCCCAUAGUAGUGGUCUAUAUAGGGAAUAGGGAGCCGUUUGGCAUACAGACAUGAUGCCCAACGUUGAGCUCAACUAGAUUGUGUCCGACAGAGAAGAGCUCUCUGUAUCCUUCCUGACCAGUAGAGAGGUCUAACCACAGGAGCUCUUAUCUGAUCACUGUUCACUCAGUCUAGACGACCAGCUGUAGAAUAGACUUCUGGCAUGUUUUACUCACUUAACAAUGAAAACAUCACUUCAAAGACAUAUUUCUACUCUUUAUCGAGGAAAAAUAUAUGCCAAUUUUUGUGUAAAAAACCUGUAAAUGUAUAACUUAUUCCCGUUUAAUUUAUCUGAAGUGAUGUCCAUGUGACUCGGUAAGAAGACAUUUCUAAUGUAUGUGAGGACAGAGAGGGUUAUGGGAAAUGUAGUCUGUUGGUUUGACAAACAUUUUGUUAAUGUAAUAUAGUGAACAGUCCUAAAGAAAUUGUUCAUUUACAUUGAAAAGUGCAUUCAAAUUAUUGACUUGAUUAUUAAAAAUAAUAUAUUUAAAAUGCUUUUAUCAAUGUAAGGUAGUAUUGUAUUCUUUGUGUAACAUAUUUUUGUAAAGAUUUUUAUUUUCUGUCCCCGCAGCAUGUUAAAUCAUCAUCCUGGAGUUGUUGGAUAAUGGUGUAUUAUUGUCAAAUGUUGUUAUUAUGUUACUGGAUCUCUGCUUGUUUCUGGGAGCAGCAAUGUCAUUUAUCUACAAUAAAAAUGAAUAAAUUCAGCC